AUGCCCUCGCUCCCGGUUCUCUUUCCCUCCUCGGUGGUUCGUCUGUCGAACAGCUUCCAGACCGGGGGGCUCUUCAUCCCGCACAACGAGCCGGUGGCCCUGCCGAUCUACACGCUGGAUAUGAAGCCCCCGGCCGCGCCGGUGGUGUCCAAGGACUUGGACUGCUCGCUCGAGGGCAUUGGCCGGCACCAGGCCGAGCUGGAGCUCUGCAAGGCGGCCGACCACACCUGCCAGGUGUCCUGCCUAAAUGAGGCCUACAUUUUGGAGGCCUGUACCACGGUCAAUUCCGAUGUCACGGAGACCGACUGCCGGAACAAGUUCCUGAACACCGUCAAGACCUCCUGCCCCUCGGACAGCAAUGACUGGUCCAAGUACAAGUGCAAGGUCAACAGCGCGGCCCCUCGCUCGAUGCUGUGGUCCGUCGGUGUGUCCAUCUCGGCCGUGCUUCUGGCCUUGGCUGCCUCGAUGUAG